AUUCAUAAUAAUAACUGAGCCGUUUGUUUUGCUCUGAAAUAUUUAUUUAAAUAAUACUAAAAGAAGUUCUAGUAUUUCACAGCAUAAUGUCAACACGAUUUUAUCCCAUAUAUCAAAGAGGCAAUCCACAAUUAAGAGUUUUCCUACCGAAUUUUUGGAUGAAGUUAAUUACGCCUAUAGAUCAGCAGCCUCUGAACGUUGUACAGUUUCACUGUUCUAUGGAAAUGACCAAAUACGACAUAAAGAAUUAUUUGGAGAAAAUUUACAAUGUCAAUGUAAUUAAUGUAAGGACAAGAAUACAGAUGGGUAGGCUUACGAGGGAUCGACUGCAGCAUUCAGUCAUUAAGGAGGACGACAAGAAAAUAGCUUAUGUUGUGCUGCCAAAGGAUCAGUCAUUUGUGUUUCCUGAUAUGUUCAAGAAUGUAAAAGAUGAACUUGAUAAAGAAACUAUGGACUUAGCUAAAAAGGAAAUGCAAAAUUUCUUAAGACCUAACAAAGCUCCUGGAUUACCUGGUUGGUUUAGGAUGUAAUGUGUAUGUAUGUUGGUAUUUAAGAAUUUAUA